GAUAACUUUGCAAUUACCUGUAUUUCGAAACAUCCGAAGAAUGCAACGAUCAUUGGUAAAGAUCGCGGUAAUUUGAAUUUUUCCGCAAAGAAUAGCGAAGGACGCAGAAGUGAGAGUACGCCGCAUAGAAGAGGAAGAAGAUGAACAACGUCGACGGUGCCGGGAAGAGAGAAAGAAGGGUAAAAGCGCGUGGUCCCUCCGAUCAAUCUUGAUUCUAGACGGUUAUCCAUCUAUGAAAACGAAGCGAAAGUGGGGAAGAGACAUUGGGUGUAGUGGGGACUAACGGGGUAUACACCGUGGUGAGUUGCUGAAGAGCUGCAGUGUUUCGCGACGGAGACACCAUUUCAAAGGGGGACCAAAAAAUACAGAUUUUCGUCCCUUAGUGACCAGUGCCCGAAAUAAUCCUCUUCCCAAAUCGCGUGAUUCGCACUUACGUCAAAGUCGAGAAAAUAAAGGAUAAAGAUGAUCAGAGAAUCCCUCGUGGCGAUAUUGGCUGUGGUUGCUGUGACGCACGGUGCAUUCAAUUGCCCGAGUAAAGACGGCCAAUACGAGGAUCCAAAGCAGUGCGACAAAUACUACGAGUGCAUCGAUGGCGUCGCCACGGAGAAACUUUGUCCAGAUGGUCUUGUUUUCGAUCCUCUGAAUCGUAAAGUGAACAAAUGCGAUCACGUAUUCAACGUUGACUGCGGAGAUCGUCUUGAAUUACAACCACCACAACCGACCAAGAAGUGUCCGCGAAGAAACGGUUUCUUUGCUCAUCCAGACCCAUCUGUCUGUAAUAUCUUCUACAAUUGCAUCGACGGCGAGGCUAUCGAAAUUACGUGUACCACCGGAUUGCAUUUCGACGAAUAUAGCGGCACAUGUGUCUGGCCGGACAGUGCUGGUCGAGAAGGAUGUGGAGUGGUAGACAAGAAGUUGAAAGAUGGUUUCGAGUGUCCUAAAGAAAGUCAAGUUGAUACAAGGGGAAUGGUCGUCGAUCAUCCCAAGUUUGCCCAUCCAGAUGAUUGUCAGAAAUUUUAUGUCUGUUUGAAUGGCGUAACACCACGUGAACAAGGAUGUAGUGAUGGAACUGUUUAUAAUGAGGAUCAACAAAGAUGCGAUGCACCUGAAAAUGUCCCUGGCUGUGAGGAUUGGUACAAGGAUGAUGACAAGAAAGCAUAAAAAAUGUUCUAAAUUUAUAUGUCCCGC